CCCUUCAUUUCUAGCGCUAGCGGAUGAUUGCAGCCGAGAGCAUAGCAUGGUGGUCAGCUGACCAGGAUAGCCAAGUACAUACCGUAGAUCUACGUGACUACAGCUGAUCUGGCCUGCCUCGACCUCAGUCCACCUCCAAAACAAAUCUCUGUUUGAAAGUGUUUGAAAGUCAUUGAUUUUUACGCCCUGUCGAUUUGCCACUUCUAUUACUGGUGGCUGGGUAGCGAGGAGGUACGGGUUGUUCCCUAUUCCUCUGGAUGCCCGGAUGACGAUGGCGAUUAGGAGGGGGUUCGUCCUCGGACUGCCGGUGGUCGCGACUCAGACUUUACUGGUGGCUGUGAUAAGCUUGGUGUCCCUGUCGACGCACGUUGUGAGCGGUGACGACACACAAGUGGUGGCGAAAACGGUCUACGGCGAGAUCCUGGGAAGCAACACAGGGUCAUGUAAGGUGUUUCGAGGUGUUCCAUACGCCAGAUCACCAGACGGAGAGCGACGCUUCAAACCACCUGGGCCACCGUUAGCAUGGGGACCAAGUCUCAUCCUGCACACAUUGAAAGAUGGUCCAGGAUGUCCACAGGCGAACUGCUCACAGCACAUCCCUGCACUCGGCUGCCCGCCAAAGACCAGCGAGAACUGUCUGUUUCUGAACAUCUUUGUGCCGGUGGCCAAGCCGCGGAGCUCAGCAGGUCAUCCAGUCAUGUUCUGGAUCCACGGUGGAAACUUCAGAAGAGGCUUUGGCGGAGGUCCGCUAUAUGACGGGCAACACAUCGCCAACUCCUCCAAUGUCAUUGUGGUGUCCAUCAACUAUCGACUUGGCGCUCUUGGCUUCUUGACGUCAAGCUCUGGUGGCCUCCGGGGAAACUUUGGUCUCAUGGAUCAACGCAAGGCAAUGGAGUGGGUGAAGGAAAACAUUGCCUUCUUUGACGGUGAUCCGAAUUCGGUGACAUUGUUCGGCCAGAGUGCCGGGGCCAUGUCGGUAGCCACUCAUCUAGCAUCCGCCAGGUCAGCAGGUCUCUUUCACAAGGCCAUCCUGGAGAGCGAGCCCUUUGGCAUAUACAUGAGAAGCAAGGAAGAUGCGGAGAGGAUGGCUGCGAUCUUCUUCAAGACGCUUGGCUGUGCUGCUGAUGACCCACAGUGCUGGCAGUACAAGCCUACUCGUUUCAUCAUGGAAGCGCAAGCUGAAGCCUCCAAGCACUUAGUGGACCUGACAAACUUGCUGGAGAUCUUCAUCCCAUGGACCCCAACAAUUGAUGGAGAUGAGGUGGUGGAGGAGCCGCUGUUUUCGUUCCAGAAAGGCAACAUUGCUGAUAUACCAAUAAUCAUUGGUACAGUGAGUGAGGAGUGCGUCAUGUACAUAUAUGGUGUGUCACCUGUCAAGAAAAUUCCAAAAGCCGAGUACAACCUAGCAAUGGAUGUGAAGUUUGGUAGACAUGCCAGUGAUGUUCAGAAGAUGUAUGUCUACAAGGACACGGGCAGUGGAGACACAAGAGAUCACAUUGCGGUUCUGGGUACUGACUACGUGUUCCGGUGUCCGACGCGCAACACUACACGGUCGGUGGUGAGCUCACCGGAACGCUCGCAGCCGGUCUACCGCUACAUCUUCAAUCACAGCAUGUCGUUUGACGGCUGGGGUCCGGUGCUGUCCUACUGCAUGCACCGUGUCUGCCAUGGCUCUGAACUUGUCUUCAUCUUUCAACCAAACAUCUCCUCCAUCGGCCAGCACUACACCCCAGAGGAGCUAGUCAUGUCCAACAAACUAAUUCAGCUGUGGACCAACUUUGCACACACAGGCAACCCAAACUCACCUCAUACUGUUCCAGACUUCAUUUGGCAAGAGUAUCACUCGGUGUCCAAGGACAAUGGCUGGAUGGGGACUAUCAAUAUCACGGCCAACGCAUUCACGGAGUUCCUGGAUGUUGACUACGAGUCUGAGCGGUGCGACUUUUGGGACCAAUACGGCUAUCGGGACUAGGCACAUCUGGCACCUCAGUUUUUUUGUUACCUCUCAACCCCUGUGAAUUUCGUAGUCUGACAUGUUUUGCAAAAUUUGCUAUGAUUUUGGUUUUUUACAAAGAGCUCAAGGCAAACAGAUCAACCAGUCUUAAAAUCAACUGAAUACCCGCUAAUACGUGCUUUAAUACAUAACAAAAUAAUCAUGUUGUUGGUUACUUAUUGUUAGAAUACAUGUCAAGACUUCGGAAUAUUUUCUUUUUUAAUCUAAUGUAGCACUAUGUCAAUAACUGUGCAAUGAUGCAGUCAUUACUCAGAUGUAAAAAGAAGACCAGCCGUAUCGGUCACUAUUUUUUUUAAAUUAAACAUCGAUGCAAAUUUACCUGUGGAUGGCAAGAGAUACAAAUGUACAUUCCAUGCUUAUUUAUUCUCUACUAGUAGUUCUUUUGUCUUGGCCUUUGCCGUUUCUCUACGGCUACUAAAUUUCACUUUGAAGUGUCAUACAACUUCUUUAUCUCAGUCUGGAGAAAGCAAUACAAAUGAAAGUGUGGCUAGCA